AUGGGUAAUCGUCCAUCGGUGGUUCAAUCAACAUAUCCAAGACAUGGCGGUCCUCCAUGGGGUCCUCCACAUGGAGUACAUGGAAUUCCCACGACAGCUCUCCCCUCCCGUCAUCCUCCUCCUCGUUUUGGAUCAGCUCCUCCCCGGCCUCAAUCUCUUUAUGAGAGAACUCCGUACAGUUUUGUGCCUCAUCAGGGCCCUCCACCACCGCCGCCUGGUCAUCCACAUUCACAAUUGAGACGAUCUCAAAUGUCCCUAAAUGGAGCCGAUUCGGGCUAUAUGACAAGUCCCGGCGACUCUGAUCGUGCCAAGCGAGCCAGCCGUUUAUCACUACACGAAUUUGCAUUUGAUGCAAGACCAAUCAUUAUGGCUAGCCCAAAAACAAUGAAGAAACUCGAGAAGCGUCACAAGAAAAUGCUCAAAAAGAUGGGUGCCAAGAUGCCUCCGAUCGCUUUUGCUCCAGGUGCAAUGCUUCCACCGCCACAAAUGCAUCCAAUGCGUGCACCUCCCCCACCCAAUCAAUUUCAACGAGCCAUUAGUUUUGACAAUCUUCACAGACAUCGAAUCGACAUUGAUAGAGCUCAAAAGGAAGCAUGGAUCGAACAGAUGAGACGCUCACAGAUGGCACAUCCAAGAGUGGAGAGCACCUCAACAGCAGCUCGUUCCUCAUCGGGCAGGGGGUCUCUUUCACCUUCUCCACUCACCACUUCUUCUCCAUUUGCCUCCUCUCCAUCUGAGUCACAAAAUAAUGUUGACGGUUGGACAGACAAUCGCCGCAGUGAUCGCUCAAUGGGAAUGAUGCAGUCAAAAGAAGAACCCAGAAAACAGAAAGAUAUUCGAGAAAGGAAAAUUCCUGUUCAAAUUCUAACGCGAAUCCGGCCCGAAUCUCCCGUUCACUACGAGACAGCUCGAGCACCAAUCAAUGCAAAACCGCAAAACAGCCGUGAUCACAAUCACGAAAUUUUACAGGAAUUGAACCCAUCACCAGCUGUUCUCCGCGAGCGAGUCCACAACAUUGAGCGAGUCGAGAAGAGAAUCUCCACCUCUUGCACUUAUGCACAACCCAUUCCCCGGGAUCGAAAUUCUCGAUUAACGGAAACGGGCUAUUCAUCAUGUCGAUCUUCAGUCUCUGGAAUGCCCCGAGGAGAUCAAUCCGAAAUUGAUUUCAGUUGGGUGAGAGAUGAGGAGAAGAAACUCAACGAUAAAGUCAAGUUCUCUUCAAAUAGAGAAGCUUCUUCUUCUCUCCCCGAAUUUUAUUUUGGCAUGGAUCCGCCAAAGAUUAAUGUCAAUGAGAAGAAGGAAAUCAAUCGUCCAGAUAAUAUGGGAGCGAGUCCUCGAAUGGACGCUGAUGUGCGCACAAAGCUAGCCUUUUUUGAGCGAGAAGCGAGAGAGGCCGAGAAUGAAAGGAGGAAAAGUCUUAACGCCAACGAGAUCCACGAUCGAUUGCCGAAUGAUGAAUUGUUGACUCCAAAAAUCAUCGAGCCAAGAUCUUACCAUGAAAUCCCGUCACAUGGACCAGCAGAAAGAAGAUUGCAAAGAAUCUCGAGAAAUUUGGAGGCUCAACACCUUCACGAUCAAUACCGAGUGACUCCAAUCAAUUCCCAUGAGAAUUGUGAUCGGAAAUGGCGCUCAUCAAUGGCCUUU